AACAGUUGUGUUCAGAUUAUCUUCGAUGAUUCUCAUCCAUAUGACGAUUUUCUGAAGAGUUCAGAAGCUACAUUGGACCCAAGAAGGUUAACCAAGAUGGAGCGACGACGAAGCACCAGACUGCAAGCGAAGCCGAAGAAGGAUCUGUGUGAGAUUGAAAAUGAGUUUGAAGAGCCUCUGUCAAAAAAACAGGUGGCUGAUAAGCUGGACAAAAAACCUGUUCUUAAGGCAGGCAAUUUUGCAUCAGUCCCUGGUCCAGAAUAUGUCUCUGCCUAUGAGGCAUCCAUCAGAAAGAACAUUGAGGAAAGGAUGGAGAUGCUGAAAAUGUUGAAGAUUGAUGCAAUGAAAGAGGAAGCAAAACCGACCGUGCCAGAGAGCAAGGCCAAUACAACCAGGUUCUACAGGAAGGCUGUGAAGCCGGCGAAGCCGCUGACACCGAGCCGGAGGAGUCUGCGGAUCAGCGGCCGCGACCCGCAGGGCAUAGAGCUGCCGCCGCGGCCCCCCACGCCGGAGGAGCGACCGCUCAAACUGGGCACCGAGACGGUGCAGAGCGCCAACACGGGCCUGUCCGAGCCGGGGGAGAUCUCCGAGAGCCUGGCCGACAUCGCCGGCCGGGUAACCGAGCAGGGGCGCUCCGGGGACGGUCCCUGCGGCUCGUACGCGGCGGCUCUGACCGACCUCGCCCUGGACACGUUAGCCAAGGUGACGCCGCUGCGCAUCGCCUCCAUGGCCUUCUCUCCCCUGCGUCAGAAGCACGUGCUGGCGGCCGGUGACAAACGUGGCGUGCUGGGUUUAUGGGACGUGUCGCGUGGCGGGCUCGGCGUACACAACCUGUCCGCACACACCGGGCUCAUCGCGGGCGUGAGUUUUUCACCCGUGGACGGCGCGCGCUGCUUCACCAGCAGCUACGACGGUCUGUGCCGCGCGCUCGACCUGGAGCGCCAGCAGUUCGACCAGGUGUACGCGCCGCCCGACUCGCAGCCAGAUCUGUUCCUCAACCACCACACGCACAUGAACGAGAACAUCCUGCUGCUGGGGCGGAGCGACGGCCGACUGGUGCAGCGCGACCUGCGCACGCCCGACUCCACAUCGCUGCGGCUGAGCGACCGCGGCGGUCUGCGGUACCUGAACGUCCACCCGAGCCGCGAGCACUGCCUGGCCGUGGUGGAGCGGCCCAACACGGUCAGUCUCUGGGACCUCCGCCGCGUGAAGGGGCCGCGCAGCGCUCUGCAGCGCGUGACGCUGCCACGCACGUGCGCCAGUGCCAUCAUCAGCCGCCACUCGGGCGACCGACUGGUGGUGCCCUGUGCCGACGACUUCAUCCGUAUCUACGACGGCGUCAACCGCGGCGCUCUGGACGCCAGUCAGACGAUCCGGCACAACAACCAGACGGGGCGCUGGCUGACCACCUUCAAGCCCACCUGGCUGCCCGACAGUGACGAGCUGUUCGUGGUGGGCUCGAUGCUGCAGCCGCGCCGCGUGGAGGUGUACGACAUCAGUGGUCACGUGCACCACCUGUUAAUGGGAGCCGACUUACUGACGGUGUGCUCCACCGUCGCCUUCCACCCGAACGAGCGGGCCAUCGCGGCCGCCAACUCCUCUGGAAAGGUGCACCUGUUCCGGUAAACGGCCGCACAGAUGGUGGACGGUGACACGGGGUGACAGGGACGCGAUCUGUGCCUAGACGAAGUGUCGAGGCGUCGGAGGCGAGUGUUAUUGGUAGCGUUGGAGCUGCUGUCGCCUGCAGACGGGCCAGCCGGACCGCUGCCGCCCUCCCCUGCCGAUUAUUGUCGUGCUCACAUGUAACGCGGGACCAUCUCAUGUAUUCGCUGCUAGGACGUGUCCUUCUGUCUCAACUCUCAGCUGAGAGGUAUGCGAUGUUGAUAGGUACAUAAGUUCAGUGUUAGUCCAGAUCAGCGUCGGUUUUCAACUGCUGUCUCGUUUUAGGUCAUUGUAUCAGUGCCAUGUACUGGUGCCAGGAAUUUUUAGGCUUAAGUGCCAUUUAAUUAUGCGCCACAUUAAGAUAACUUCGUUAUGGAAACGGGCGCAAUAGUUUAGAGCUGUUAAAGGCGUUUGGUGGCGUAAGAUUAUAGUGCACACUUCACUGUUUUAGUUAGAUGUUUCUGUAGUGAUUAUUUGAGUGCUUAGAUGGACCAUGAUGGGAGUCGAAUAAAGCAACUUUGUAUUU